GUCGAAUCUCCGCAGUACGACGCGAUGUGAGGUGUGCACCCUCGUCCUAGCGGAGACAGGGGUAGACUACAGCAAGGGAGAGAGGGAGGAAAGGAGUGUGAAUACGGUAUAUCAUUCAGGAGCAUCAUGGCACCCAUAGGACUGAAGGCGGUGGUUGGCGAAAAGAUUAUGAAUGAUGUCAUCAAGAAGGUGAAGAAGAAGGGAGAAUGGAAGGCUCUCAUCGUGGACCAGCUCAGCAUGAGGAUGCUGUCCUCCUGCUGUAAGAUGACGGACAUCAUGUCAGAGGGCAUCACUAUUGUUGAAGACAUACAUAAAAGGCGAGAGCCUCUUCCCUCACUUGAGGCCAUCUAUCUGAUUACUCCUACUGAGAAGUCUGUUGCGACGCUGGUUGGUGACUUCAGAGAUGCUCAUUCAGCCAAGUACAAAGCAGCUCAUGUGUUCUUCACUGACUCCUGUCCUGACCCAAUCUUCAACGACCUGGUGAAAAGCCGUGCCUCCAAGUCCAUCAAGACGCUGACUGAGAUCAACAUUGCUUUCCUGCCUUAUGAGUCUCAGGUGUACUCUCUAGACAAUUCUGACGCCUUCCAGAGCUUCUACAGCCCUCAUAAGGCCCAGCUGAAGAAUACAGUGAUGGAGCGCCUGGCUGAGCAGAUUGCCACUCUGUGCGCCACGCUCAAGGAGUACCCUGCUGUGCGAUACCGAGGAGAAUACAAAGAUAAUUCCACCCUGGCCCAGCUGGUGCAGGACAAACUGGACGCAUACAAGGCUGAUGACCCCACCAUGGGAGAGGGUCCAGAUAAGGCUCGCUCUCAGCUCAUCAUCCUGGACAGAGCUUUUGACCCGGUGUCCCCUGUCCUGCAUGAGCUCACUUUCCAGGCCAUGGGCUACGACCUGCUGCCCAUUGAGAACGAUGUCUACAAAUAUGAGACCAGUGAUGGCCGUGAGAAGGAGGUGCUGCUUCACGAGGACGAUGAGCUGUGGGUGGGGCUGAGACACAAACACAUUGCGGAGGUGUCCCAGGAGGUAACACGCUCCUUGAAGGAUUUCUCCUCCAGCAAACGGAUGAAUACAGGAGAGAAGACCACCAUGAGGGACCUGUCCCAGAUGCUGAAGAAGAUGCCUCAGUACCAGAAGGAGCUGAGCAAGUACUCCACUCAUCUGCAGCUGGCUGAGGACUGCAUGAAGCACUACCAAGGAACCGUGGACAAGCUGUGCCGUGUAGAGCAGGACCUUGCUAUGGGCACUGACGCAGAGGGCGAGAAGAUCAAAGACCCCAUGCGCGCUAUUGUGCCCAUCCUGCUGGAUACCAACGUCAGCACCUACGACAAGAUCCGCAUCAUUCUGCUGUACAUCUUCCUCAAGAACGGGAUUACGGAGGAGAACCUGAACAAACUGAUCCAACACGCGCAGAUCCCCCCAGAGGACAGUGAGAUCAUCAGCAACAUGGCCCACCUGGGGGUACCCAUCAUCACAGAUUCCACUCUGCGCAGAGGGAAGAAGUUGGACCGUAAGGAGCGAGUGAGUGAGCAGACCUACCAGCUGUCUCGCUGGACUCCAGUGGUCAAGGACAUCAUGGAGGAUGCCAUUGAGGAGAAGCUGGACACAAAGCACUACCCUUACAUCUCUACUCGCUCUUCCGCUUCAUUCAGCACUACUGCAGUCAGUGCCCGGUAUGGCCACUGGCACAAGAAUAAGACCCCUGGCGAGUACCGCACUGGACCGCGCGUCAUCGUCUUCAUCAUCGGAGGCGCGUCCUUCAGCGAGAUGCGCUGUGCUUAUGAGGUGACGCAGGCCAAUGGGAAAUGGGAGGCCCUUAUCGGAUCGACUCACGUAUUCACCCCCACCUUCCUCCUGGACACUCUCAAGACCAUGAAUAAACCAGAUGAAGAACCAACAACCUAAAAUUCCUCCUCCUCGUUUCUCAACUCUGUCUAUGUCCUCCCUCCCCUCCCUCCCCUCCCUCCUCCCUGCACCUUCAUCCCUGUACUCCUGUAUUACUGUGUAUGCAUCUUGCUUGAUGAAACAAAACAAAAAACAAAAAAAAGACAUUGGUUAAAAAAUUAUAUAUAUAUAGUAUAUAUAUAUAUAUACAUGAAAUAGUAUGUUGAAAAUGAAUAAUUGCAAGUAUUCUCAUGUUUUACGAUGGAUGCAAAUGAUUGAAAUGGGUUUAACCAUCAAGACACUGUUUAAAACUGGAAGUACCAAAUGUAAUAUUGUAUGCUAUCAAACCUGCUAGAAUGUGUCCAAGGUAGAGCCUUUGUUAGUUUGUUGCCCUUUAGUUGAAUUGUCUGUGUGGGUGGGGAGGCGAGUUGGGGGAGGAGUUGGGGCGGGGAGACACUCAGGAUGGAAUAAAUCAUAUCGCUGGACGCAGAACUGCGUCCUUUAGAGUAGAUACGGACUCUACUAUCUGGUCCUUAACAAGGCCGAGCCAUCCGAGACAAAGUGAGCUGAUCGCCUCAGUUUGUGUAGUUUAAGACGGUUGGUGUGACUUGCGAGACUGUUAGACUGUUGGACACACAGCUAUGGGGAGAAAGGCCAUUGUCGCAUGGAAAAUAUAAUAAUAGAGACUCCGCAAGCAGGGCUUCAGUCCGAACCCAACAAACCACAGGCCAUCCUUCUUCCAGCCAAUCAGAAUGAGGGAUCUUUGAAUUUGCCAUGUCCUUUUCUUUUUUUCUAUUUUUUUUUUGUUUCUUUUCCUCUUGGGAGACUUCACAUUAAGUGUCAAAAAGGCCACUGCUUGCUUGCGAAAAAUGUUUAAAAGAAUAUACAAAAAGGGCCGUUUGUAUUUCAGUAUUGUAUCCUGUCAGAUGAAGUCUUCUCAUUGGUUAGUAAUAAUGUUUAACCGGGCCAUGCACUGAGUGGUGUGAUGUUGUAUGCCAUUUGUUUGAUGUUCUAGCGUCUCACUGUUGAGUGGUGAUAUUUCUGACUGUGAAGUAGUUUAAAAAAAAAAACGUUUCCUUACAAAAAAGAAGAAAAAACAAAGCCAAUGUGAAGCCACUGUGUUAGUGAUGUUUUAGCUGUAGUUGUAGUGGUAAACUGGGACUCAAUAAACAAUAGCUAUAUUUUGUUUAGUCUGUCUGUUAGUUCUCUCUUCUGGUGCAAUGAUAAACCUUCCACUGGUGAAUGGCUUUGCAAAGAAUCUUUUCCGCCCUUUUAAGAUGUAUAUAUAUUUAUUUUUCUGAAUGAUUUCUCUGUUUCCACCCCCUUACCUCUGUUCUGGCAAAAAAAAAAAAAAGGUUGUAUAUUGCACUACGCGUUUCCUGGGAUGCAAACGCUUAUUUAGUUGUUAUUUUGUCUGACUUAUGUUUACUUUUAUUUGUUGCUGUUGUAUAGCGUUGACUGUGUCUGAUUUAUAUCAAAAUGAUUUAUCAGAGAAAAUAAUAAAUGAGAACGUUAGUCCGUCCUGAA